UGAAGAUGUCGAUUUGGCUGGUAACAUUCCUGGCGUUUUUCGCCGCCUUGGCGCAUGGAAAGCCAGGCUACGGACCUGGCGAUCAGGAUUGGGGCUACGUGGACGUGCGUCCCGGUGCUCAUAUGUUCUAUUGGCUGUACUACACCACCGCCAAUGUUUCGAGCUACACGGAAAGACCACUGGCCAUUUGGCUGCAAGGAGGUCCUGGUGCCUCCUCCACUGGAUAUGGAAACUUCGAGGAACUCGGACCCGUCGAUCUGUACGGUGAUUGGCGCAACUGGACCUGGGUGAAAGACAUGAACGUCCUGUUCAUCGACAAUCCCGUGGGCAGUGGCUUCAGCUACGUGGACAACACGGCUCACUACACGGCCACCAAUAAGGAAAUCGCCCUCGAUCUGGUGGAGCUGAUGAAGGGUUUUUACACGCUGCACCCGGAAUUCGAGGAGGUACCGCUGCACAUCUUCUGUGAGAGUUACGGCGGCAAGAUGGCUCCGGAGUUUGCCCUGGAGCUUUACUACGCCAAGGAGCGGGGAGAGGUGAAGAGCAACCUCACCUCGGUGGCCUUGGGCGACCCUUGGACCUCACCCAUUGACUCUGUGCUCGCCUGGGGACCUUUCCUCAAGGAACUGGGCAUUGUGGAUCACGAGGGAUACAAAGCCAUCCAGGAGGCGGCGAACUUCACGGCUCAGUUGGUGGAGGAGGAGCGAUGGAUCCAGGCCACCUAUCAGUGGGGCAACACCCAGUGGGAGGUGAUGAAGGCCUCCAAGGGCGUGGACUUCUACAAUGUCCUCAAGGAAACUAAGGGCGGUCUCUACCAGAGGCAAAUGUCCAUGACUACCGAAGAACGCCUCUACCGCACCAUGGUGAAGUACGAUAUCGACGAGGAUCGCACUAAGUUGUUGGAGGAUCUGAUGCGAGGUCCGGUGGCCGAAACCCUGGGAAUCCCUUCGAAUGUCGUCUGGGGAUCGCAGAGUGGUACCACCUUCGACAUCCAUAGAACCGACUUCAUGAAGCCCGUCAUUCACAUAGUGAACGAAUUGCUGGAGAAGACUCCUCUGAAGGUGGGCGUAUUCUCCGGUGGCCUGGAUUUGAUUUGUGCCACUCCGGGUACAGUAAAUUGGAUAGCCAAACUGGAUUGGAGCCGCAGGGACGAAUACCUGGCUGCUCCAAGGAACGCCAUUUCCGUGGAUCGCAUUUUGGAGGGAUAUCAAAAGUCGGGCGGUAACUUCACCAUGUUCUGGAUCAACCGAAGUGGGCACAUGGCUCCGGCGGACAAUUCGGCGGCGAUGAGUCACGUCCUGCGAGAGUUUACCACUUUUGGAUAAAUUUGUUCUGUUCAAACUAAUAAACUCGGUAUACAAACAUAUGUAUACUCACUGUUUUAA